AUGGCUUCAGAUUUGAUGGAGAUUGACGACUCCCUGUACAGCCGCCAGCGAUAUGUGCUUGGAGACAGUGCUAUGCACCAGAUGGCCCAGUCCUCAGUCUUUCUUAGUGGAAUGGGAGCAAUGGGUGUAGAGAUAGCUAAGAAUAUUGCUCUGGCAGGCGUGAAGACAGUUACGCUUCAUGACACGAAGCAGUGUGAAGCCUGGGAUCUCGGCUCCAACUUUUUUAUCCGCAAAGAGGACGUAUCGAGCCAAAGGAGGAGGGUGGAGGCAGUGUGCCCUCGGGUUGCAGAGUUGAACCCUUAUGUCCAGGUUGACGCGUCUUCUUUACCUCUGGAUGACAACACGGACCUGAGUUUUCUCAGAAAGUAUCAGUGUGUGAUUUUGACAGAGGCCAGUUUGAGUUUACAGAAGAGGGUCAAUAAUUUCUGCCACACACAGCAGACCCCCAUCAGAUUUAUCAGCUGUGAUGCAUAUGGCAUCUGCGUGCGAGUGUUUUGUGAUUUUGGAGAAGCGUUUGAAGUGUCUGAUCCCACGGGAGAGGAGCCCAAGGAGAUUUUCAUCCAAAGUAUUACUCAGGACAAUCCAGGGGUUGUGACCUGCAUGGACAACCAGCCCCAUGGCUUCCAAACUGGCCAGAGAGUUGUGUUCAGAGAGGUCGGGGGCAUGGUGGAGCUGAACGGUUCCACACGGCCAGUUACAGUGCUUUCCCCCCAUACUUUUGAAAUCGGAGAUGCGUCGCAGCUCCAGCCAUACACAUAUGGAGGUUUUGUUGUUCUGGUUAAAAGUCCCAAGACAUUCAUAUUUGAAAUGUUAGAACAGCAGUUGUGUGAGCCUCAGGUCCUGAUUCCAGACUUCAGCAAACCAGAGGCCCCACUGCAGAUUCAUGCUGCCAUGCUGGCUCUGGACAGGUUCCAGUAUAAACACUGCAGGCUUCCCAACACUGGGUGUUUACAGGAUGCAGAGACUUUACUAAAACUGACUGAGGAAGUGAACACAACUCUUAAGAACAAAGCUCCUGUGAAUGCUGAGCUGGUGCGCUGUUUGUCUAGGACGUCCAGGGGAACUCUCCCUCCGUUAGCUGCAGCUGUAGGGGGAAUAGCCAGUCAGGAAGUUCUUAAAGCCAUCACAGGAAAGUUUGCACCUCUGCAGCAAUGGUUUUAUCUUGACACCAUCGAGCUCGUCAAGCCUCUUCAGUCUUUGGCCGUUGAGGAGUUUGUCCCAAGAGGUGAUCGGUAUGACGGGUUGCGAGCCUGCAUUGGUGAAUCUAUGUGUCUUGAACUACACAAGCUCAGGGUCUUUAUGGUUGGUUGUGGUGCCAUAGGUUGUGAGAUGCUAAAAAACCUUGCCCUCCUCGGUGUGGGGUUGGCCAAGAGCUCAGGAGAGGUGUGCAUCACCGAUCCAGACCUCAUAGAAAAGUCGAACCUCAACAGGCAGUUUCUCUUCAGACCCCAUCACAUACAGAAGCCAAAAAGUACGACAGCUGCAGAAGCCACUCAUGACAUCAACCCAGAGCUGCGGGUGGAAGCUCAUUUAAACAAAGUGUGUCCAGCUUCUGAGAACAUCUACAACGACUCCUUCUACUCCUCGCUGAACGUAGUGGUCACUGCGCUGGACAACGUGGAGGCACGGAGAUAUGUGGACAGCCGCUGUGUGUCCAAUCAGAGGCCUCUCCUGGACUCGGGCACCAUGGGAACCAAAGGACACACCGAGAUCAUCGUGCCAAACCUGACUGAGUCCUACAAUAGCCAUAGGGACCCCCCAGAGGAGGAGAUCCCAUUCUGCACUCUCAAGUCUUUCCCCUCUGUUAUAGAGCACACCAUCCAGUGGGCCAGAGACAAGUUUGAGAAUGCUUUUGUUCACAAGCCCUCCAUGUACAACUCCUUCUGGCAGAUGCACCCCUCAGCUGAAGCGGUGCUACAGAGGAUGCAGGCGGGGGAAAGUCUGGAGGGGUCAUUCCAGGUCAUAAAGCUGCUAAGCAGACGGCCCAUUCAGUGGGAACACUGCAUCACUAUCGCCCGUCUGAAAUUUGAAAAGUAUUUUAAAAGAAAGGCCCUACAGCUGUUGCACUCUUUCCCUCUGGAAACGAGGUUAAAAGAUGGGAGUUUGUUUUGGCAGUCUCCAAAAAGACCCCCAACACCUCUGGAAUUUGACUUGAAAGACCCCUUGCAUUACAGCUUCAUCAUCAGCACUGCGAGGCUCUUUGCAGAGAUUCAUAACGUCCCCUACUCAGAAAAGGAUCUUUCUGAAGAGGUGGUGACCAAAGUUUUCUCCAGUCUCAAGAUUCCUGAGUACAGACCCUCAGAGAAGUGUAUAGAGACUGAUGAGACUGCAAAGAAGCCCGAUCAGAUAAAGAUGCCUCUAAGCAGCGAAGAGGAGAGGGAGGCCAUCACACAGCUGGAGCAGGCCAUCACCACAAACAAGGCCAAACCAGGAGGAUUACAAAUGUGUCCCCUCCAGUUUGAAAAGGACGACGACACCAACGGCCACAUUGAUUUUAUCACAUCAGCGUCCUCCCUCCGAGCCAAGAUGUACUCGAUCGAGCCAGCCGACAGACUGAAGACCAAGCGCAUCGCUGGGAAGAUCAUCCCUGCGAUCGCCACGACGACAGCUGCUGUGGCUGGACUGGUGGCUCUGGAGUUGAUCAAAGUGGUUGGAGGCUACAGGUUGGACUCUUUCAAAAACUGCUUCUUCAACUUGGCCAUUCCAGUCGUGGUGCUCACAGAGCCCGCUGCAGUAAAACAGACACUCAUCAGGAACAACAUGUACUUCUCCAUCUGGGACUGCUGGACGAUCUUUGGCCAUGAGGACUUCACUCUGUCUGACUUUAUGAACGCAGUGAGGGAAAAGUAUGGGAUUGAACCAAGCAUGGUUGUCCAUGGAGUAAAGAUGCUGUAUGUGCCUGUGAUGCCUGGACACUCGAAGAGACUCAAACUUACGAUGCAGAAGCUCAUCAAGCCAUCAGCAGACCGCCGCUACGUUGAUCUUACAGUAUCAUUCGCUCCAGAAUCUGAUGGAGAUGUGGACCUACCCGGUCCGCCUGUCCGAUACUACUUCAGCUCCGACGGGAAGGCGCGCUGACGCCUCCUGAGACGUCCUCUUCAAACCUACUGUGUCCUUAUUUCUCUUCUUCAUGCAAACUGUUCAACCCUGAGAUCGUAGGCCAGGCAGGCAGGACUAAGAGUCUUCCUGCAGAAUGUUAUCAGAUGAUGAUAAAGCUCCUAGCCCCGGCACACC